CCGACUCUGGAGCCCCGACGCCGGUCGAGCUGAGGAGGCCUGAGCGGUCUCCAUCCCCGGAUUAGAUGCUGGCACGAGGCAAGUGUGCAUGACAAGUUAAACAGAGGCUGUACGCUGCAGAUAAGCAGAAGCUGUGAGUCUACUUUCCCUUGUUGCUCUAUUUUGGGCGUCAGACCGUGUCUGUGGGACUAGAUGUUCCCAUUAAUAAUACAUGUAACGGGCAGCAGCCCCUGAACUCUAAAUGUAGGCUUGGAACCGGGGUGGUUUAUUCUUCUAAAACCCCUUAAAAAAGAAAAGGAAGGAGCGAUCGACCGGGAAUAAUGGCGGACCACGAGGAAGCGGAGUGGUCCAAGUCCCUUCGGAAGGAGGACGGGUUUUCCAGCGAGAUUGAGGAGCCAGGUACGGACUUGACAUGUAAAAGUUUGCCUAUUUUAAAUGGAGACGCGCCUCAAGAGGAAACCUUACUGACUGGUUCUGUGUCCGUUACUGCAGAAGAGAGCACAGAAUUCAUCCAGGUCCCGGACAAGACGGGGUCCUUAAAGGCCGGGUCCCCGACGACGAGGACGACGGCGGACUACGUGCCCAAGCCGGGGAAGUCGGCGCUGAACCGGCCCAGCUCCUACAUGGAAAACACGGAGAUCCGUCGGAGUAAGACCGUGGCGAGGAGGAGGCCCCCGGGGUUCUUCGCCUCCAAGCUAGCUCGGAUCCGUCUCCCCAGUAAGGAGUACCUGAGCGUGAUCCUGCAGGACUCGCGGUGCUUCCUGUUCUGCAUGUGCUACCUGACCUUCAUCCAGUCCCUCAUGGUGUCGGGGUACCUCAGCAGCGUCAUCACCACCAUCGAGAAGAGGUACAGUCUGCGGAGCUCCGAGUCCGGCCUCCUGGUCAGCUGUUUCGACAUCGGGAGCCUGGUCGUGGUGGUCUUCAUCAGCUACUUCGGGGGGCGGGGCCAGAGGCCUCGCUGGCUGGCGGUGGGCGGGGUCUUCAUCGCGGUGGGCGCCGCCCUCUUCUCGUUACCCCACUUCAUCUCGCCCCCCUACCAGAUCCAGGAGGUGAACUCGUCCUCUGGCAACGAGGGCCUGUGCAUGAACAGCAACGGCAACGGCAGCGGCAGGGACCGCGUCGACAUCACUUCCUGUCCCCGGGACCAGGAGGGCAACGAGCACAACCUGUACGUGGCGCUGUUCGUCAUCGCCCAGAUCCUGGUGGGCAUGGGGUCCACGCCCAUCUACACGCUGGGACCCACCUACCUGGACGACAACGUCAAGAAGGAGAACGCCUCGCUGUAUCUCGCCAUCAUGUACGUGAUGGGAGCACUGGGACCAGCAGCUGGUUACCUGCUGGGAGGAGUCCUGAUCGGCUUUUACGUGGACCCCAAGACUACGGUCAACAUCGAUCAAAGCGACCCCCGCUUCAUCGGCAACUGGUGGAGCGGGUUCCUGUUGUGUGCCGUGGCCAUGCUGCUGGUCAUCUUCCCCAUGUUCACCUUCCCCAAAAAGCUGCCCCCCCGACACAAGAAGAAGAAGAGAAGGAAAAAGCUGAGCAUGGACGACCUGUCCAGCGACGACGACGUCCUCAAGGAGAAGAGCAACAACAAGAGUCAGGCGGUCACCUCGUCCAUGGGCUUUGGAAAGGACAUCAAAGACCUGCCCAAAGCGGCAGUGAGGAUCCUGAGCAACGUGACCUUCCUGUUCGUCAGCCUCUCCUACACGGCCGAGAGCGCCAUAGUCACCGCUUUCAUCACCUUCAUCCCCAAGUUCAUCGAGUCUCAGUUUGGCAUCCCGGCGUCCAGCGCCAGCAUCUACACCGGUGUGAUUAUUGUGCCGAGCGCCGGCGUAGGCAUCGUCCUGGGCGGCUACAUCAUUAAGAAGCUGAAGCUGGGAGCUCGCGAGUCGGCCAAGCUGGCCAUGAUCUGCAGCGGCGUCUCCCUGCUCUGCUUCUCCACGCUGUUCAUCGUGGGCUGCGAGAGCAUCAACCUGGGAGGAAUCAACAUCCCCUACACCACCGGACCGACUCUCACCAUGACCCAGAGGAACCUGACCGGAGGUUGUAACGUGAACUGCGGCUGUAAAAUCCACGAGUACGCUCCGGUCUGCGGCUCCGAUGGCAUCACGUACUUUAACCCCUGCCUGGCCGGCUGCAACAGCGUGGCCAACGACAGCACCGGGGUCCGUAAUUACUCGGACUGCGCCUGCGUCCAGAGCCGGCAGGUCAUCACGCCGUCGUCCAGCGGCCAGGGCGGCAACCAGCUCCAGCUCGUCAUCGUCAAGACCUACCUGAACGAGAACGGCUACGCCGUGUCGGGGAAGUGCGACCGGACGUGCAACACCCUCAUCCCCUUCCUCAUCUUCCUCUUCAUCGUCACGCUCAUCACGGCCUGCGCCCAGCCCUCCGCCAUCAUCGUCACCCUCAGGUAUCACCUUCUGAAAUACUUCUAAAAUACACUCGCCUACAUCCCGACCCCCAUUUACUUCGGCGCCGUCAUCGACACCACCUGCAUGUUGUGGCAGCAGGACUGCGGCGUCCACGGCUCCUGCUGGGAGUACGACGUCACCUCGCUGCGCUUCGUCUACUUCGGCCUCGCCGCCAGCCUCAAGUUCUUCGGCUUCCUCUUCAUCUUCCUCACCUGGUACUCAAUCAAGUACAAGGAGGAGCGGGUGGAGCGCUGGCUGAAGCGCCACCUGUCGCCCGUCGACACCGUGGGCAGCCUCGUGUGCCACCCGGGCGGCCACAAGGGCCACGCCCGCACCCGCUCCUGCCCCGUCAACAUCCCCCGCACCGACCCCGGCGCCCUGCACGCCAACGGGCCGCUGCGCGCCGGCCCCCUCAACCGCGGCGUCAGCACCCAGAGUUGCCCCGGGGACGAACUGAAGGCGGUGACUCCGCCCCCUGCGCCGGCGCCGCCACCGCCACCUGCGGCGCCGCCCGCCCCCGCGCCGGCUCGUUCGCUGGAACACGUUUCAGUCCGGGUUUGAGCUCCAGGAGGUGGGGUGGGGGGGCGGAGAGGCAGGUCUCAGCUGCUUUUUAGCCACUGAUGAACGCCCCAGUCCUCACGUGGAAGUCCUGCUCUCAUCUCAUCCCUCUCGUUAGCCAGGACUACUAUACUAUACACUGGAUUUUAAGUUCUGUCUGCAUCACCGGCCUCUGUGGCUCAAAAAAAAA